AUGGCGGCUGCACCCGAUGCCAAGCGUGCCAAGGCCCUGCCCAAGGUGAACGUGCUGAUGUGCGGGACGGGCGAGUAUACCACCGGCUAUGUUCAUGACAGCAGCUCAAAGUCGGACAAGGCCAAGGGCGUGAUCGGCCUGUGCAUGUUUGAGCUCCGCCGCCUUGGCCGGAUCGGCCGCGUCGCCUGUGUCGGCACCAACGGGACCAAGUUCCCUGGUAUUCGCGAACACUUGAAGACGCAAAUUUCCGAUGUUUACGCCGGUCUCGACGUGUCAAUGGACACGUACCCCAAUGACAACGUGCCUCGGGAUACUCUGGCUUAUCUUGCGGCCAUUGAGAGCAUGCACAAAGGCGACAUUGUGACCGUUUUUACUCCCGACGACACUCAUUUUGACAUUUGCAAAGUGGCCAUCAAGCGUGGCCUGCACGUGCUUGUUACCAAGCCGGCCGUCAUGACCGUGGAUCAUCACGAGCAGCUGCAAGAGCUAGCCCGCCGACACAACGUGCUAGUAAUGGUGGAGUUCCAUAAGCGCUGGGACCCCAUUUACACGGAUGCCCGUGGCCGCGCCCGUGAACUGGGUGACUUUAGCUACUUCUACAGCUUCAUGUCACAGCCCAAGCUUCAGCUCGAAACGUUCAAGGCCUGGGCUGGCAAGUCGUCAGACAUCAGUUACUACCUCAACUCGCAUCACAUCGAUGCGCACGCCUGGCAAAUGGAGGGCCGUGGCCAGCCCGUGCGGGUGGUGGCGAGCGCCGCGACAGGAAUUGCAUCCUCGGAACCAUUCAACUGCCCCGAGGGUGCCGAGGAUACCAUCUCCAUUAUGGCAACAUGGAAAAACGAGCCCACGGGCAACCUGGGCACGGCCAUCUACACCUCCUCGUGGGGCGCUCCAAAGGGGGAAGUGCAUUCUCAGCAACGUUUCCAUUACAUGGGACACGAGGGUGACAUUGCCGUGGACCAAGCUCACCGUGGCUAUCUUGUGACUACGGACAAGGAGGGUUACAAGAGCAUCAAUCCUCUGUACAUGGCUUACGUUCCUGGGCCUGAUGGCCAUUUCAAUGGUCACAAUGGCUAUGGCUACAAGAGCAUCGAUGCUUUCGUGGCUGCUGCUCAGGCCAUUAACAACGAGGAAAAGCGUCCUGAAGAUUUCGACGCCGUCUUGCCCACGCUGCACUCCACCAUCAUGACCACGGUCGUGCUGGAGGCGGGUCGACAGUCGCUUGAUCUUGGUCGUCCCAUCGACAUUGCCUGCAAGGAGGGUAAAUGGGUUCUUACAGCUGCUUGAGCGCUGACUUUUCCUCUCUGAACACGUUGGAUGUGCGCUGUCACAUCAAGUGGUUGUCGUUGCUGGUACAUGUUGUAGUAAUAGAGGUAUUUGUGUGCACGUCGUCAAUCUUGUGCUUCUCGGCUACAGUUGACUUGUUGAGUCC